CCGGCGCAGUGUUUGCAAACACCUUAACACAAGCGAGAGAAGAAGGGGGGGACUGACGGACGGACGCUCGUCUGCUGCUGAGAACAUUUCUUCUUCGUCGGCAUCGCAGGGGACCGCUCUUAUUCCUCUCACGGGGUGUUUUUCUACCUGAGAAAAAAAACAUUUAAGUGCAGCUAAAUAGCUUUUUAUUUGAAACUAAGCUCUGGAAAAAAUGGAUGUUCUACCCAUGUGCAGCAUCUUUCAAGAACUUCAGAUAGUUCACGACACGGGCUAUUUCUCAGCCUUACCGUCUCUGGAGGAGUACUGGCAGCAGACAUGCUUGGAGUUGGAACGCUAUCUACAGAGCGAGCCUUACGUCUCCACAUCUGACCUCAAGUUCGACGGCCAGGAGGACCUUUGGAGCAAGUUGAUCUUGGCCUGCGGGGACAAGGCCAAGGCUGAGUCUGACCCAAAGCUGCCCCCAGCCCACGAGGAGGACAAUCAGGACAGCCAAAUCUUGGACACCAACAGUGUGAAUUCUGACGCCAGCAGCGAAGCUUCAGACAGUUCUGAGGAGCUCUCGCCCACACACAGCUUUACCUCCAACCCUCUGGGCUCCGUCUUGGUUGGCUCUGGACCUUUUAGCCCCUCCGUCAUUAGCACUCCCCCGUCCUCUCCGGAGGCCAACUCGGAGGCCGGCGGCGUGACGAACGGCUGGGUCGCCACGCACGCCGAGUUGCACUUGCCGGUCAAAAUCAGGAGCGGCGGGGUGGCAAAGAGCACGGAAAAGACGGGACUCAUCUGCGGGGACGCGUCUCCAGACGGCAGGAGGCGAGUACACAGGUGUCACUUCAACGGGUGUCGCAAGGUUUACACGAAGAGCUCCCACCUAAAAGCACACCAGCGCACUCAUACAGGUGAGAAACCAUACAGGUGUUCAUGGGAGGGCUGCGAGUGGCGUUUUGCACGGAGCGACGAGUUGACCAGACACUUCAGGAAGCACACUGGGGCAAAGCCAUUUAAAUGCAGUCACUGUGACAGAUGUUUCUCCAGGUCUGACCAUCUGGCCCUUCACAUGAAGAGGCACAUCUAAAACGGGGCAAGCACCAACCGAGCAGCGCAGCGAAGGGGAAAAGUUUUAAAAAGAAAGAGAAAAACCAACGCCGUCUCCCGACCAGUCUCGUGGUUGAACUGUCCCAGAGCAGAGUGGCGGGAGUGUGUUCCAGCCAAAGCAUGCCGUUUUGCACCAUACUGAAACCCAGUGCCUCCGGGACCUCUCUUUGGAGAAAGGCGCUCUGAAGGUUGUCUGUUGCAACAAGAGGACAAAAUCAUGGAUGGGGAAGAAAUCUUUUUGAUUGAGAAGGACGUACACACACAAAAAAGACAAAAAAAAAAAAAGAUAAAACACACACAAACAAGAAGAGUGAAUGAUGUGUAUGUAUGGUGCAUGAUGUUUUGGGGACAUCUCCCGGACAGCAGAUACACUGGUACUUUACAAACUGUCUGAGGUGAGCAUGUGUGCACUGUGAAUGUCUGAGAUUGGCUGACUGGCCCCCUGGAAAGAGAGAAGAAGAUGUUUUGGGGGGAUGAAGGGAUGGAUUGAUGGAUGGUGCGGGGCUGGUACCAAUGUUGCUGUGGACUGAAUGGGUUUCUGGGGGAAAACGUUCCACUUGUGUUUCCCCCGGUGGCAGUGUGAGGAUGGGGCGGGAUGGAAGGUCCCGCCUGUCUGUCUGGCACCCAGACUUGGGGGGUUCUCCGAAGGUUUUGAGGCCUUGGGUUCUACCAGAGAAAGAAGGUGGACGUGUCUUCUGGUCAGUGACCCAGGGACCAAAACUCCCCCCUGGUCACUGUAUGACAGGAGCUUUUUUUGGUGUUUUUGGUGCAGCUACUAAAUGUGCAAUGUGUUAUGUAGCCUGGUUUAUUAUUUUUUUACAAGCUACAAAGCUCAUUUGUAGUCCAAUUGUAUAAGCUGUGUGCUUAGAGGUAUAACACAACUAUACUAUAACUUCAGUAUCAUAGACAGGUGUUGCAUGGUUCUAGGGUUUGUUCAUUUCAUGUUUCCACUGUAAUCAGGACUGCAAAUAGUUUCAAUAAAAGUGCAGCUAAAGUGCGAACGGUUAAAUGUUACAAUGUUGUACAUAAUGCCUCGAUGAUUUCCUCUUUUAUUUUGACAACUUCAUCCAUUUCCUUCAUUCUGGUUUCUCAUCUGGCUGGAGAUUUCACUGCUUCUUCAUUUUCUCAUUCAUCCUAUGCCUUGAGGAGUAAUUUUGAUUUUUUUGUACUUUCUUUUCUAUCUAGUAAUGCACUGUUGACCUUAAUGGUGCCUUAUGCAAGUGACUCAGCCCUGCGGCGGCGGCGGUUUUGCUCCCUCGGGAAGUCACGUUUGUUGUAUGGGUGAUUUGACAAGCUUGAUCAAGGCUCAAAUUGCAAACGAACUUGCGCCUCUUUGUGUACGACGAAGGUUCUCCGCCUCUGUUCCGACGGUUAACUGUGUUUUUGAGAUUUUGACGUUCAGAGCACCAGUGUAGUUGAUGCAUAUCACAUUCAAAUAAGGCAGAACAUGUAAACGAGACAAAUGCUGUAUGUUUAGAGCACUUAAAUUCAUUUAUUAAAGACGUUAACUACUGUGUAGUAUGUACUCAAGUUCAUCUCACACAGCUCCGAGGUACAAAACAACCAGACUAGGCCAACAAAAAUGGCUUGGUUCAUUCAGCGCUGCUCCUUUCUCCACCCUCGCCAACCCAGUCCUCUCCUGCCUGUCCCCCCCAAUCCUAGCAAGUUGGAGUGAAGAAAAAGCUAAAGAUUUAUUGUAAUUAACAGGCUGCAGUCGGACAGGCCUCGCCUUGUACUGCCUCUCCGUAAUGAAUUGCUAAAGGCUUUGUUGGCGUGGAAUCUGUCACAGACUGCUGACUGUGUAGGUUGGUUAUUGACCUGUCUGGGGGAGCGUUGUUUUAGCCAAGCUGCAACAGUAUUAUGAAAACCACAGGAGCGAGCGAGGGGGUGGGGGCUCUCGGGAGGAGAUACAGAUCAAGCGUUGACGGUGCACAUGGAAAUUUGUCAAAAAAAAAAAAAAAAAAAAGGCCCAUGACAGCAUCUCCCUUGAAGGUGAAUCUCUAUUGGUUAGACUGCUGUUGGAGCUGGAGGGAGAUGGAUGCUGGACGAAAAGGUGGAGCGCGUGAUAAGUGUAGGGAUCAUACUUGUUUCAGGAUGAAGUGAUCUGCGCCUCCCGCUUCAGAUCAGCGACCUUGCUGUAGGAAUUCGAUGUUGCGGCACGUUGCACCGCGGCACGCUACGACUUAUGGAUUUCAGAUCAGCGGGCGAAGGCGACGGGAUGAGUACAAACUUGAAACUGCUUGCUGCGAUAGAUUUCGGAGUGCUGGCAGGGCCUUUUGUGGGCAAAGGAAGGGAACAUCCAUUCUGUGGAAACGGCAGCCAAUACCGUUCAAGUGGUAAUUGAGCCUUGAUUAAGCCCCAUGUUUGCUCGCAUCUUUCCCACUUUUCAUCAUCUCUUUCAUCCCACUGCACCCCGACUCUUCUGUCACACACACACACACACACAGACAGCUCUUUGUUCUCAACUGAAUCUUUGUAUAAAAAGAAAAAAAAACAACUUUUGUAAAAUUGUUAUGUUUAUGCUUUAUGAAAUUUUUAUUUGAAAUUGUUUUGCAAAAUUGUUAUAUUUCUGUAUGAAUGUAUUUUUUAUUGGAAUAAUAAGAAAUUCUUAUCUGA